AUGGCCAAAUCGGAUCUCGACAACGCCAAUCCCACCGUCCUCAGUGUCUCACAACUGCCCAGCAGGAAUCUAGCGAAGGGCCAUGUGAGAAAGGGCCCGGAUUCCAAAUAUGACCACAUCUUGUUCCCAAAGCAGUGGUGGGCAGGAAGUUCCCUGAACACUGACCCAUCGGUGUGGACAUCAGACGAGGACGAGGACGACGACUUGACUUUGGCGACAGAAGAACCCAUUGACGAGCAGGAAAUCUAUGGUGAGAACUACGACCCGUCAAGUUGCACGUACCUGCUAUCAACGAUAUCGGACCCUGAACAUCCCGUCACCCUGGGUCAAAUCGCCGUCGUCAGACUUGACGACAUCCAUCUUAGCCCAUCUCCAGCCGAGCGUCUAGAUCCAAACACCCUGACCAAUGUCGAGGUUGACCUUACGCCCACAGUGAAUCACUGUUCUCUGGCGACUGUCAUUGGUCUUGCCGUCCGUGUCCGACUCGAGAACGCUCUGCCUCCCAACUAUCGCAUCAUCGUCCGCAUGAAGGAUGGCUCCCAUGCCCAAGACGACCAGGUGAACAAGCAGCUGGGGGACAAGGAGAGAGUUGCCGCUGCUCUGGAGAAUGACACCCUGAAGGGCAUCAUCGAGAAGAUGCUGGAGACUUGCGUCUGAGUACAAUCCAGACAAGGGAGCUCCAGAGAUGUCCAUUUUCAGCGAAUUAUCAUUCACGUUGCGAUGGCUUUCCAGGCUUGACCCUACGCGGCGGUGUUUCGUGAGAUUAUAUCCGCAGGAUUGCCGUAUUGGUCACUGGUGGCAACGCUAUUUUAUACUACGUACAACCCCUCCUCGUUACGGGGCACAUGCGUGGCUAUCCGGUAUGUGCGGGGGUUCGUAGAG